GGGUUUUUUUUGCCGAUUUGCUUUACGACAUUUUUGACAAACCAGAAGUGUCAGCCUAUGGCAAAGUUGUUUCUGGAGAGAAUUGUUUUGAUUAUUUAUUCGUUUUUUUCUAGUUGAAGUCAAACGGAGAUCUUGAUGUCUCACUUCUGAGGAUACGAGAGAAGCAUACAAUGCGAGAAGCGUCCGCACAUUUUGUGCAGCUUUUGUCCACAGUGCUAGCUAACGAGCUCAUUUAGCCUGAAUCCUGUUUGUCAGCUUUCGUUCCUGGAGAAAGUACGAGCGAAAUUCCAUGUGAGACAUCCUCGCGUGUUCACCCCGAGUCCUCUGGGUGCUGUCCUUAGCAGACUCACAGCCGGGUUUUGAUCGUAAAAUGUGGCUACAGCAACGACUGAAGGGGCUACCAGGCUUGUUAUCGAGCAGCUGGGCGAGAAGACUCCUUAUAGGACUGUUGCUCUUCCUCAUUUUCUAUUGGUACCUGGGAGCCGAGCGAAGAUGGAGGUUGUUCGGUGGCUCGGCCAUGCCCGGGGGGGCGGCCGGCCAGUGUCUCUUGACUGAGAUCUACAGGUGGAGGUCUCUGGUAGACCGAGGAGAAGGCAUAUACAGCACACCUCAGGAACGGCUAGACACGCCUUUUGUAACUGGAAACGGCCAUAUUCUGAUUGAUAUUGAGUCUAACAAACUUUGGGUAGCCUCAUCCUCACAGCCCGGCUCGGCUCCGGUACACCAGACUGAGUACUCUCCCAGAGUCACCGUCAGCCUGGAUGGGGCGCUGGCCGAGGCUGAGGCUAACAUGCUGUGGUUCCGGAAGGGAUCGGUCCUGUCAGUCCGCUGCGCCUCACCAGCCACCCUGCAGUCAACCCGAGACUGUGUCACUAUUAGAGAGGAGUUUAUUGCUCACAGAAGCAGACCUAACGUAUUUCUGCAGCGAAUCCAUAUCAACAAUCCCUCCGAUAGGGCGCUUAACCUGGACUUAUCGUCUGGAAAUCCCUCUUUCGGUAGCAAGUUCUCCACCAGUGUGGAGAAACUGGAGGACAGAGAGGUAGUCCUCUCCUCUGGCAGGGUGCCGGUGGAAAAAAAUAGGAUGGUUCUGGUCGUGGUGGUCACCAAAAAGCUAAGCAGCAGGAUCCAUGUUUUGGCUAAGUCAGAGCAUGUAGACAACAUUGUGAGUGUGGUGUGGACCUCAGAGUCCAUCGAGUCCUCAAUGCUGGAGGAGACCUUCAGCGCCCUCAAAGACGGAGCCAAAAAGGAGCUGGAAGAGUUGCUGAGGACCAGUGAGGAUGACCUGGUCAAACAUCACCAGGAAGCCUGGAGGGAGCUCUUCAUUUCAGGUAUUGAAAUGAGGAAGAUCAUCGACUCCCACACGCCAUCGAGCCGCACUGUGAACACCACCCUCUACUACAUCUUGUCCUCCUCCGCGGCUCCGCUUCUGGACCAAAGGCUAAAUGGCGAGGAGCGCGCCAGUCUCGAAUCCAGUCUCAACUACGCUGACCACUGCUUCAGCGGCCAUGCUACCAUGCAUGCAGAAAACCUGUGGCCUGAGAGAGUAAGCAGCACUGCUCAGAUCCUGCAGCUGGUCACACUGUGGACUCUGACUUUGCACAAAAGAGGCUGCAAGGUGUUGGUAGCUGCUGGAGCCCAUGGAGUCAUGCAGGGCAUGGUGCUCAGCUUUGGUGGCCUUCAGUUCACAGAGAACCAUCUUCAGUUCCAGACCGACCCAGACGUGCUGCACAACAGCUACGCAUUGAGAGGCAUUCACUACAACCAGGACCUCAUCAACUUGGCGGUGCUGUUGGAUGUGGACGGAAAGCCUUUUCUCCACGUGUCGGUAAAGCAGCAGGAAAAGCCGGUGAAGCUGUAUGCCUGUGAGGCCGGCUGCCUCAACGAGCCCGUGGAGUUAACCUCAGAGAUCAAAGGCCACACCUUCCCCGUCAUGGUGACGCAGCCCAUCACGCCGCUGCUCUACAUCUCCACAGACUUGCGCCAUCUGCAGGACCUCCGCCACACUCUGCACCUCAAGGCCAUCCUCGCUCACGAGGAACACAUGGCCAACAGGUACCCAGGCCUGCCCUUCCUCUUCUGGUUCAGCGUGGCCUCGCUCAUAACUCUCUUCCACCUUUUCCUGUUCAAGCUCAUAUACAACGAGUACUGUGGGCCCGGAGCUAAGCCUCUCUUCAGGAGCAAGGUAUAAACAGCAGAGAUGAAGCAGAACUGAACCCUGAUGUUCUCUGCUCGAGUGUGUGUGUGUGUCGCUGGCUCAGUGCUCUCUCUGUGGGAUGGGUUCUCAGUUUUGACUUUAACCUUUUCUGUCAAUGAACUGUUUUCUAAACUCACAUGGAUCGUUUUGGCAUAAUGACAUUACACACCUCUCCUUUCCAGCUCUUUCUACAGUUUUUGUUUCGUGUUGAAUGACUUGAUAAAGAUUUUCACUGCACACGUUUACUCUAAGAGGCUGAAGGCAAAGUCAGAUCUCAGUUAAAAGCAGAGUAGCAACAAAGAGUAGCGUCCUUACAGAGUUGCAGUAAAUCAUUUAGUCUGCAGUCCUCUUAGCACAUCUGUUUGCACUUCAUGUUCAUUGUGGAAUGUAAAACAUUGUUGAUUACAAUGGUGAAAUUUUGAGCACAAGGGGCUACUGUUUUAUUAUUUUUCUCCUGCUAGCUUACCCAUCAAUCCAGGCUGGUGUCUUAAUCGCCUACAAUAAUGAGUUUUAUGGUUGCUGUCAGGUUAAACAGUAACAAAAAGUCGGAAAAUGAAAAAGAAUAGGAAAAAUGAAUAAAUGUACAAACAGAUAUCUGUGCUGUGAUUUUGCUGAUCCAACCUGGAUUUAGUAAAAUUGGUUUAAUGUUUGAAAUUGAAACCAUGUGAUCUCAGUUUUCUCAAUUCUUUCUCAACUUUUCAACAUCAAAAAUUCUGAGCUCCUUUUCCAAAUAAUCCCUUCUUUUAAAAUAGGUUUAACAUGCCAUGUUUAUUACCCACAUUCCUGUAGUGAUGAACGAUCUCUGUAUGAAAUGAAAAUGAUGGUUUCAUUGUUCUAUGACACUGAACAGUCCUCUUGGAGAGUUGUCCAUUAGACAGGACAUCAUGUGUUGUAAAUGUGGAGCAGCAAUAAUCGAACAGCCUCCCACAUGAACUCACAUUUAAAAGGCACCUUGACUGAAUGUGUGCACAGCCUGUUAUACUAACAUUAAGACCUGAUAUAAUAAUAACAAGCCGCCAUUGUUAUUUAAGUUGCAUUGCAGUCUGGGUAAUUGAACAGAUGGUUCAAACUGAGCUGGAAAACAUAUCUGACAUUAAAGCCUUGUACUUUAUACACCAGCUGAUUGAACUUGGCUAAACCUCUGCAGUUAUUGCUGCCUCUGUGAUCAGGGUUGUGAUGAGUACCAGUUUGCUUUCAGGAACAGGAACUGCGGCUGUGAUUGGUUUACCACCCAGCAGGAAAGCAUUUCUUAUUUUUCAUGUUUCUCAGACUAUUCAAGGGUGUUUGGACUCUAUCUGCCAUUUGCUCUUUUAGGUAAUUAGUACCAAGUACACCACAGUAAGUGUUGUGGGUAUUGUCUUCUUCCACAAUCCUUUCUAAUAAGAAAGAGACCAGUGUCACUUCCCCUGAUUCCUUUCAGCUUGAAAUCAAAGCCAAAAGUAGCACACUGUGCCAUGUUUUAUACUUUGUGUAACCUGUUAAGUGGCAGUUGAUAAAGACUGCUCUGAAGUGCCAUCAGUUUACAUCAUUUACCCAGAGUGCAUUGCUCAUGUAAAGUAAUUAUAGGGUAUAUGUGUCAAACAUUGAGGAUUUUUAAACCAGUGACAGGUACUCCACUGGUUAGUGCUUUCAUUUUGAAAAGCAGUUUUAUGCUCCCAGUAUAAUGUUUGACUGAAACAAGUUCAUCAGUUCAUUUUGGACUAAACCAUCGGCCCAGAAACGCUCUGUUCAUUAACAAUACACAACAAAUAACAGGAGGUCACAGAAAACACGAGCCAACGAUAGCACCGCUCCAACAAUGAAAGGAAAUUUAUGUUAAACUGUGAAAUCUGCAAAUCGGUAUCAUAUCGAUCUGGCAUAUGACGAUUCUCUCAUUUUAUUUACUCUGUUAUUUAUUGGUUUGUAGACAAACCUAAGUGGAGACAAAUGAAAGGCUAACGUGUUAGCUCUGCAGUCAGGUGUUAUCGGUAUUUCAGGAGAGCUUUCUUUCCUGUCUGAUGGUGUCUGCUCAUUUCUUUCUUCCUCGUUUCUUCACGUUUUCAGCACAACAAACAAACACACAUCAAUUUGGAAGCAUAAAAUACCAAAAUUGGACAUUUGGACUUUUGGACAUUUGCAAGAGAGGCAGGUUAAACGUUUCUCUGAUCAGCAUGAACCGUGUGCUUUCUUUGCCAGGUCUCUUUCUGCUGUUCCUUUUUCCCUGCGUUUUAAUGAUGUUUUAUAUCAAAUCACUUAAUUAAAUGAUGAGAAAUA